GCCAGAGAAAUUAAAAGGAGAUAAUUGGUGUAUAUAUGGAGAACAAGAACAAAUAUGAAUAUUAUAGUCCUGAUGAUGAAGGUUGUGAUGAUCAAGAAAAUAUUGUCCAUCAGUUAGGAAAGGGAAGAAAAGAGCAUGAGGAUGAUGCAUAUGAUAAGUCAAACCCAUCCCCUCACCACAAGGAUUUCAUGAGCAUUGACAAUAUUGAGGGAGGUGCUGUUAAUGUUAUGGUAAAGAGAGAAAGAUCCCCACCAGAACACGACUCAAUGGCUUCUUCAUCUACUCACAAAGAACAGGACGAUCAGCUUGCAUCAGCCAAAGUUGAAAUGCGAGAAGUAAUGGAAGAAAAUCAAAGGCUUCGAAUGCACUUAGAUAGCAUCAUGAAGGAAUAUCGUAAUCUCCAGAAUCAAUUCCACGAUAUCGUUCAAAAAGAAGCUGAUAAAAAAUCAAGCAGUACAGUGAACACUACUCAUCAUGAAUCUGAUCAACUUGUGUCCCUCAGCUUAGGAAGAACAACUAGUGAUAUGAAAAAAGACGAAUUAUCUAAAAUCUUUAAGAAAGAUAAGCCUCGUCAUGAUGAUGAAGGAGCUGUGAAUAAAAGUCUUAAUUUAGGAUUGGAUUGCAAAUUCGAAACAACUCCAACAGAUUGUUCACCGGUGAAUCUCAGUCCGGAGAAUAGCUUAGAAGAUCAAACUAAUAAGGAUGAAAAUGGAGAGACGUCUACGUGGCCUUCAAACAAAAAUCCCAAAACGAUGAGAAAUAAUGGAGAGGGCGAUGAUGUUUCGCAGCAAAACCCUACUAAAAGAGCUAGGGUUUCUGUUAGAGUCAGAUGUGAUGCCCCUACGAUGAAUGAUGGAUGUCAAUGGAGAAAAUAUGGUCAAAAAAUUGCAAAAGGAAAUCCAUGUCCUCGAGCUUACUAUCGUUGCACCGUAGCACCAAAUUGCCCAGUUAGAAAGCAGGUUCAAAGAUGUGCCGAAGACAUGUCAAUAUUGAUCACCACGUAUGAAGGAACACACAACCAUACACUUCCUCUUUCAGCCACCUCAAUGGCUUCCACCACCUCAGCCGCCGCUAGCAUGUUGUUAUCCGGUUCGUCGAGUUCAUCAGAUCCAAGUCUACAAGUAACCGCCACCACCAGCAACACCAGCAACACCACUACUACUGCCAAUAUCAACGGACUCAACUUCUAUCUCUCUGAUACCACAAAGCAUAAAUCGCCAUAUUACUUUCCUAAUUCAUCCAUCUCAGCAUCCACACCUAAUUCCCUCCCUACAAUAACACUCGAUUUGACUUCCACCUCGUCCUCAUCCUCGUCCUCGUCCUCCUCCUUAUCUCAUCUAAACAGAAUGAAUCACAGUUUUCCUCCUAGAUACAAUUAUAAUAAUAAUAAUAAUUCCUCUACAAACCUCAAUUUUAGUUCAGUACUAGAAUCCAAUUCCCUUCCCAUUUCUUGGACCAAUUAUCCAAAUCAAACAUAUAACAAAAACAACCAAAAUUUUGGUUCACUUACAUUUUCAUCAAGACCAAAUUAUGAAAACAUUUUCCAAUCUUAUUUACAAAAAAACAACAAUAUUCCUACACAAUCUUCUUUACCACCAGACACAAUUGCAGCUGCGACCAAAGCGAUAACAUCUGACCCAAAUUUUCACUCCGCAUUAGCUGCAGCUCUCACAUCAAUCAUUGGAAAUACUGGAAUUGAAAACAAAUCUGGCCAUAAUUUAAAUGUUACUGAGCCAUUUCCAGUUUUGUCCAGUCUCCCAUCAAGCUCAAAUCCGAAUAAAUGUUCAUCAAGUUUUUUAAAUAAACCUACCUCUUCUGCUUCCGCGAAUAAUAAUAAUACACAACAGCCUGGAAAUAACAACUUGGGGUUUUUCGCGCAAUCUUCUUCUUCAUUGCCAUUUUCAACAUCCAGUAAGGGUAAAUCUACCUCUCCUAGUGGUAGUAAGUUUGAUUGAGUUUUUUUUUUUUUCAUGUGUUACCUCUCUAUUGGACUUUGUAGUAAUUAGCAGCAUUAAUCGUCUGUAUAGUCUGUAGAUAAGUUGUAG